UUUAAAGCUUUGGAAUGUGAAGUCAGCAAAUGAACUGAAAACUAUUAACAUAGGAGACUUCUUCAAAAAUGGGGAUGGAAACCAUGAUGAAGUGGAAGUGUUAGUGAAAUGUUGUUCCUGGUCAUCUAAUGGUACAAAAAUAGUAGUAGCAGCUAAAAAUAAACUUUUUCUUGUGGAUGUUAAAACCAAGGAAUUAUUGGCAGAGGCUCUUUUGAGCCACCACAACACAAUCCAGUACUGUGACUUCUGUCCCAAUAGUCAAAUAGUAGCAGUUGCUUUAUCACAUUGUUCUGUUGAACUAAUUAACAGGUCUACAGGCGAUGCUAUCUAUUUGACUGAAGAACAGAAGUCUUCUAUUUGCUGCUGUUGUUUGAGUGAAGACCUACAGUUUGCUGCAUAUGGAGAUGAAAAUGGAAUUGUAAAGGUUUUAAAUGUAUCAGAUAGGAGUGUUUUAAAAUCCAGAUUUGGACACAGGAAAGCUGUACAGCACUGCCAAUUUACUUCUGAUGGGAAAACUCUUAUUUCAAGCUCCGAUGAUUCAACUAUACAGCUAUGGAAUUGGAAGUCAGAGAAAUACGUUAUUCUGAAAGGACAUAAAGAACCAGUCAAGAACUUUCAUCUUCUGAAGCAAUCAAGACUUCUUUCAUGGUCAUUUGAUGGAACAGCUAAAGUCUGGAAUAUACUUACUGGAGAACUAGAAAAAGAUCUUACUUGCCAUGAAGAUGCUGUUCUUUCUUGUGCUGUUUCACCUGAUGCCACUAUAUUUUCCACUACCUCUGCUGACAAAACUGCCAAGAUAUGGAGCUUCAAAAGUUCAUCAGCUCUUCAUACUUUGAUUGGCCACAAAGGUUGUGUGAGAUGCUGUACAUUCUCUCUUAAUAAUGAAUUAUUGGCCACAGGAGAUGACCAUGGAGAAAUAAGGGUUUGGAGUAUAUCAACAGGUAAACUACGUCACUUAUAUUUUUCUGCCACAACAAAUGAAGGAGGAUCAGCAUAUGGAGGCUGGGUGACAGGCCUUCAUUUUUCUCCUGAUGGUAAAGUGCUUGUUUCUUCUGGAGGAUACAUCAAGUGGUGGAAUGUGGAUACUACCAGUAGUCAAUCCUUACAAACUUUCUACACAAAUGGAACAAAUCUCAAAUCACUGCAUGUGUCCCCCGAUUUCAAAACAUGUGUGACACUGGAUAAUCUAGGCAUUCUUUAUGUGCUACAGAUUAUGGAAUAAAUUUAAGUUGUAAUCACUUUUAUAUUUAUAGUAUUUUGAGCCAGGUGAAUCCUUUCCUAAUUUUUUUCUAACUUUCAUGAAACUGUGAUUUUUUUUACUAUACAUAGUACAUUUGUAAUUUCUUCCGAAUCAGCACCUUUUUAAAAAUAUGUGGUUGAUCAGAAUGAAAAUGCAAUUUUUAUUUUGCUCUUGGAAGUUGCACUGAAUAUAAUUACACUAUACUUUGAUCACCAAAAAGAGCAAUAUGUGAUAAUGCAGUCAUUGAUCUAACAGCAAAUGUUUCUAAAUCAUAAGCACAUUUGCCACUCCAAGAUUUUGUUUUAGAUUUUUUUUUACUAUUGUAAUCUUGUCUUGAUCCUUUGGAUUGACAGGUGUUGUCUUGAUACACAAUGUGAAUAAUUGAAAAUAUCCGUGGCAUAAAAUGCCUACUGAUAUUGUCCUGUUUGAAAGAUAAUAAUAUAAGAGCACUUUGCUUAAAAACACAAUAGAAUUUUCUAAAGAUAAAGUUUGGAUGUUGGCUUAACAUAUUCCAUUUUGAAUCAGACUAAAAUGUCACUGACAGCUAAUUGUAUUAAACCUACAAAAAUGUAUUGGGAAGAAUAUUUCACUUUUAAAGAUAAUGUAUGAUUAAGAUUAUUUUGUAUUUUUCUUGUUUCCUUUUAAAAAAUAAAGUAUAAUUGAUUUCUUUUC